GAGGGCGGGCGCCUGCAGACCGAGCAGCACGCCCGCGCCCUCGAGGCCUGCCGGCGCCUCUACGGCGAGGUGUCGGCGCGCGCCCCCGCGCUGCUGCCCCUGGCCGGGCGCGCGGUGGCGGACGCGGAGGCCGCCUUCGCCAGGUACACUAAGCUCGAGGAGGAGCACAGCAGGGCCCUGUGGCGGCUCCACCACGCGGUGGCUCAGGGCCUCCGGCGGUGA